UCAAAUCCGAGGCUAGGGUUCGAAUCUCCUUGCUACUAAAUUUUAUUUUAUUUUAUUUUACCCUGUUGACUGCCGGCGUUUUUCUCUUCCAUUCCUCCACCACCUAACCCUAAUCCUUCUAUUCAACUACUGCAUCUCGUCUUCUUGUCCUCAACAGGUUAGCUGUUUUUAGUGAUGAAGAUACUGAAAGAGAAUGCAGGGCUUCUUACAAAUUUUGAAGUAGUGGAUUUCCUACGUUCUAGAGGGGCUGCAAAAGAUCCCACAAAGGUGCUUGCUCCCCUAAAACCUUCAGAAUUCAAGGUUUAUGACCACCUAGAGAAGAGUGUGCCUCCCAGUCAAACACGAGAAAGCAUUGUUGAGUUUGUGACAAAAUGUAAACCUUACAAGCUUUCAAACCCUGAGAUGACGAGUGUCAUCAACAUUAGGCCCACAUGUGAAGUGGAAAUCGACCCUCUGAUAGAGGAUCUUGAGUCACGCCUUGGUGAAAAUGUGGGUGAAUUGGUGGAGUUGAUUAAGCAAGUGUUUCCCCCUUCUCCUGAUGAAAGUGAAUCUGAUGAAUGAAAAGAAAGCAAGGAGCUUAUAAUGUAGGGUACUAUUUGUCUUAUGUUAAGGCGCUCUAGUGUCUUUAUGAUAAAGUGAUGCAAUUUUUUUUUUUUUUUAUAGUAGUCGACUUUAUUGCCUAUGUGCUAAGUACUAACACUUCCUUGAGUUUAAUCACAAGCUGUUGUUUUUAA